CUCAUAUCUGGUAUUUGUCGUUCAAUUAUUAAACGUUGUCUCGAAAUGUUUGUUAUUACGUUAUUUGAUUUACAUGCGGCCCGUAAACAGCCGUUCUUACAAAGUUUAUUGUAAGCAUCAUAAUUGCAUGUGAGUACGGAGAAAAUGGCUGAUGUUCGAUUACUUAUCCAAGAAGAGGGUCGUGCUGCAAGAAAUCUUGUAGCUUUUAAUGUGCCAGUGAGCACUAAUAACAUUGAAAAAGUAACUCGGAAACCUCCAAGUAUCCCUAGAGUUGCCCAGUCAUCCCCAAUGAAGAGAUCGAUAAAAUCAACGGCGCGAGUAAGAUCUGCUUCCACAGGAAGGGAUCGAAAGUCUGAAUUACAAGCUCGUUACUGGGCUUUUCUAUUUGGAAAUUUACAAAGAGCCGUAGAUGGAAUUUAUCAAACCUGUGAAGAAGAUGAGAACAUUUCGGAAUGUAAAGAAGUCAUUCUUGUUUUGGAAAAUUAUACUCGUGAUUUCCACAGUUUGAUUGAAUGGUUUAAAGUCAAAUGGGCGUAUGAAAGUUCUCCGCCACCACUGAGGCGUACACCUCUUGCCUGGGAAGUUAGAAAAACCUCUCCAUGUCGCAUGUGGAAUUCAUCCACUGUCCCCAAAUCAACUAGUCCUUUGCAAAGAAUGAGUCCAACAGGACCUACAUGUGGAAGUCCAAUUGAUAUGACAAUAGUAGAAGAUACACCUAUCAGUGGCGAUAAUAAAAUGAACGUACUAAAAGAAGAGUCUGGGUAUAAAACUGUAAAAGAUAAUAAGAACAGCGUAUCUAAAAAUUGUACCAAAGGUAUUAGAGAUGAAAGUAAGAUUUUGAUAAACAAAGAAAUAAAUCCUGUACAAAAAAGGGUAAAAUCUAUAUCAACUAAAGUAAUGUGUAAGACCAUAACAAAAUCUCCAUCGAGUGGGAAAGUAGAAGAAAAUCAGUUGGGCAUUAACGAGUCAGAUCAGUUAAUUUUAUGUAAAACUAAGACUAAUUCUACAAAUUCAAUAAAACAGUGUAAAAGCGAUGAGGACAUGAAAAUAUUAAAGCAUGCCGAUGUGAUGCAAUUAAAGAAUCCAGAUCACCUACAUAUUAACAACAAAGAAAAAUCAAGAACAAAUGAUAGUAUCAAUGAUAGUGUGAAUGAAAUGCAUUUUAACAAAUGUUCAGAAAUUCAGAAAGAAAGCGAUAUCCACAUGGAGGAGACAUAUUUGGAAACUGUGAAUAAUGAAAUAAAUACAUCGGUUAACUUACUAAUGAUUAGCGAAUCAAAAGAUAAGACUAUUAAAGAAUUGAACGACACGAAGAUUGAUAGUUCAGUAAUAAAUAAAACUACUCAAAAUAAGAAUAUAGAAAAAGCUAAUGGCAAAGAGAAUGCAAUACAAAUCAUGAAAAGAAGUAAAAUUGUUUCAACUCCAAAAAAACAAUUCAAAGUAGAUGUGCGAAAUGGAGUAGAUAAUAAAUUGAUAACCAAAUCUACAUUAAACAAGGCUACAGUUGAUAAUGUUACAAGCAAGGAAUGUCAAAAACCAUUGACUCGUCCAGCAUACUCCACAGUUUCUAGGGGAAGACCAGCUACAGCUCAAACACCUCAGACUAUUCUGGAGGUUCCAAAAAUUAUCAGAAGUAAGACCACGCUAGGAGUGUCGGAGGGUCCACUAAUGAACACAAUUAAGCCUGGGACGUCUGUUAUGAUGAGACGAAAACUGGAACUCUCUACCGUCAACAAGGAUAUGGAUAAACAAGGUUCAAGGACUGAUCAGAGUAAAGAUUUAAGUGGCUCAGUUGAAGUUCUGACAAAGCAAGCUGUUAAUACGAAACCGAAGGAUGAAGGUGAUGGUUGGCAGACGGUUCGUAGUCGAUAUAGGAGAGGAAGCAGUCACAACCUAAAUAUGAGUACACGCUUUCAUAAACCCAGCACUGCUAUAUCACUUCCAGCUCUAUCCAUAAAGAGUCCGAAUGAAAGGAGUAAAAAGAAUUGCCUUACACCAGAUGGUAAUCAGAGAUCGAAAAUGUGUGUCGCUAGUAAGGCAGGGAAAAAUAUGAAUAACGAAGUUGAAAAAGUUAAAAUAGAUUCUGAGACUAAUAGUAUUGAGGAAUUUGAAAACGAGGCAGGUAGAAAAAUUGCUCGAAAUUUGUUGGAGACUAAUUCAACGUCUAUGAUUGCUGCAGUUUUUAAAACUGAGGCAGAAUUGUUAGAAAAACGAAUACAACAAUUUAUGACAGCACAAGCAGAAAGGGAACGUAUCAUCUUAGAAGAAGAAAGAAAAACGGAAGAAGCAGAUUCACAGAGAUCUCAACAACUCUCAGACGAAGAAGCAUUUCUUCAAAGGCAAAUCAUGGAAUUGGAAUGUGCUGACAUCGAUAUAGAUACAGAAACUGAUGAGACAGAUGGUGAACUGGUAUUAGAGAUCGAGGAACAUCAACCACUCGAACCACUAAGUGUUGUUACCGAUGACAUUAGCUUAGAAGAUAGAUAUGAAAAUAUGCUCGAAGGAAUGUCAUGGGCCGAACGCAUGGAUACUCUCGCUCAACUGCAAGCAUUAGUAGCUCGACAUCCUGGUCGAGCAUUGGAACUACAUCAGAAGCUCUCCUCUCCGUCCCGAAAAAGAUCACUACCCGAGACUUUGCGACGAUAUCAAGCAAAGCAAGCGUGUGCACAACACAAACGUCAAAAGUUAUUGAUGGAAAAGUCGCAACGGUUAAGAGAUUUACUCAACAAAGUCGAGGAUGUCAAGAGUGCUAAGAAUCAAUUGAUAGAAGAUAAAAGGAUCAGGAUGGAAAUGAAAUUGAAAAGAGCAGAAGAGAACAGGACACAGCACUUGCUAGAGGUCGUGAGGAAGGCACACGAUGAAGAUUCGAAAUUAAAAGAGAUAGCUUUUAUAAAUGAAUUGGAGGCUCAAAACAAACGGCACGAUUUUAUGGCUCUUUGUCAAGAGCAGGAGGAAAGGCUACAGGGUAUCCACGAUGAACGACAGCGACGACAAGAAGAAAAAGCAGCCAAGGAAGCCGCAGCGGAAGAGCGUCGACGAGCUCUUGAAGCAGAGAGGCAAUUACGUAUUCAAAAAAUGCGGCAAGCCCGGCGUGAGCGCGAGGAAAGGAUUGGAAAGAUGCAGCUCGAAAGAGAAAAGGAACGCCAGGAGCUCGCGAGGGAGAAAGCCAGAGACCGCGAAGAGCGCUUAUCCGCGCUGCAUGCUGCUCAGUUGGCGAACCAAGAAGAAUUGCAGAAGAAGAUAGCGCAGAAACAACAAGAAUCGGCUCGAAGACACGGGGAAAACAUUGAGCAUAUUCGCCAAAGAGCGGUGGAAUCUUCAAUUUUACGAUCGGAAGAAGUGCCACCUACUUUGAAGUCGUAUCCUACACAGAAGCAGUGUUCCCUUUGCAACACCCUGAUUCCGAAUGAGGUCUAUCUACUUAGUCACUUGAAGGGAAAAACACAUUUGGAAGCAGUCAGGAAAAUGCAUGAUGGUCGUGAACCCCCUCGUGAUGAACUGCAACGAUUUAACAUCGGGCAAAUACGGGAUAUUGUGACACUACCAGUUGGUUCUAACAAAGCGAAUGAUAGUAAAGCUGCAAAAGAAAAGCAGAAAGCUAUUAAACGUCGAUGCAGGAAAAUUAAACAACGCAUGACCACGCGUGGCCAAGAGUGGGAAGAUUUGCAACGAAAUGAUGCCACUCAAACAGUUAUCGAGUCAGCAAAUAAGGCUAAAUUCCGACGAAAUUUGAAAGAAUUGGACAAGUUAUGCAGUGUUCACGCUAAAACUGCAUGGACAAGUGUUGCUACAUCCAGCUUGGAACGAUGUCUGGGAGAGAUCGCAAGAGCGUUUUGCAAAUCCAGUCACUCGGAUCAGGAUGCCUUUCGAUCACUGAACGGAUUCGAUACGUUGACUAAUUUAUUGAACUUAGUACUGAACACUCAAAACGGAAAUCCUUCUCUGCCGAAUAAGAGCAUUGUCAGCCUUUGCCGAGUCUAUAAAUCCAGCGUUGAAGAUCACAGUAACAACAUCGAGGCAGUAUUAAUGAGCAAUAAGAUCUUGGUGAUUCUGGAUGUAUUGCUGCAUCGUUUUGAGGCCGUCACCGCUCUUGACGAUCACACUCAAGCCCAGGAAACGUCUAACAAUGCGACCGGAAACGGAUCCGCGGCCGCAGCGGCGAUGCAGUUACUCUGCUCCCUCGUUCCUGAAGUACCCUUCGAGAAGGCCGCACUUCAGAAUCGCCUGCAGGACAUCGUGGGGUACUUGGUCAUCGGGGGACUGCUGGAGCGGGUGUCGCGCCACGGUCGAGCCCUCGUCGAGACGGAUUUCUUCCUGGAGCAAGAACGGGAGUCGUCCCUUCUGACGGCAUCUUUCGACCUGUUGGCGCGCCUCUGCUGUCACCUGAAGCGAUGCAACCUGGAGAACGUUAAUCAUUCUGAAAAUAAUAUCGCCGAGCAAACCACCGCCUCGUCGCAUCUAUUGAAUGGCUUGGCGACGUCCGAGAGCGCCGGCGCCGUUGGGGCCCUCUACGCUGCUUUGGCUUUGACCUCGCAAAACCAGAAGGGGUCUUCGCCGACCCCCAACCAAGCUGGACCCUCUGCCUCCGGGAGAGUCCUCGCCAUGAGGGGGCUCAAACUCCUUCGAUUGUUCGCGGAAAUGGAUCUGGAGAAAUUUCAGAGUCACCUCGGAGCCGAGAGCACGAGUCUGCAGUGGCGCCUUAUAGCGAGCCAUCUGAUAACCCGAUUGUCACGUGACUCUCUAUCGGACAAAUCGGAGGCUGGCAGUCCGCCCGGGGCGAGCGGUCCGCACAUUCUGGCGGAACUCUUCACGGUGCUCGGUUACUUCGCCGUCAACAAUCCGGAGAACCAGUUGGUUCUGCAGUCCGCGGGGGCCGGUCCCAGCGUGUUGCAACAAUUGUGCACUUUGCCGUUCCCAUUUUACGGCGACCCGCGAUUGGCCGUGUACACUUUGCCGACUCUGCUGGUGGCUACCUAUAAUAACCCGGAAGCCACGGCGGUACUCUCCUGCGAGCUGUCCUAUCAGCUGCUGGAGGUGUACAAGAGCUCGGAAGAAGGUAAGCAGAACCCCUUGGUCCAGCUGCUGAAGGACCCGACCGGUGCUAGUCCGUAAAACCGACGUUUUCUGAGAAGAGUACUUCCUUACGUUCGGCUAAGUAUCGGGAUUAAAAGACUUCUUGGCUACUUCCGAGAGCCGUUGGUCUACUCUCCUUAUUCGUAUUCCCUGAUCGAUUGACUUCAAAGCGUUAGAAAGUCAAUAAAAACGAAGAGAGUACGUGCACGACCUCUCAUGGGAAGCCGAGCCGAAUUCGCGUUAAAUGCGUCGCCCUGGCGUAAUAAUUAAAUUAUCUCAGGGCUGGUACCUCGAGAUAAUUUAUUUAAGCGCGGUGGAGAGAGAGAGAGAGAGAGAGACGGAUGGAUACGGCACGAGUAUAUGGUGCAAGCAAUAAACGAGGAAACAAAUUUAUUCCGCUCGUACCGUGCACCUACUCUCGACGGUACACCUCCUUCCAAGAAGUCUUGAAGGGUCUUUAGUCCAAUAUUUACGUCCAGAAUCGAAUAUACUUGUAGAAUUAGUUAAUCGGCCUUCGAAUCUGCGAUCGUGCCGAUCGUUCGCGCGAAAGCUGUCUUCUGACCGAGCCUUUGGAUGUUCUUAAGCGAAAACUCUCAAACACGGUAAUUCGUAAGAGUAAUCGAUUAACGUUAAGCACAGAGUGGACGCGAUCGCUCGGAUCGAUUCCGUAGAUCGAUGGCUCAAUGGAAAGGAGAACGGUAAAAUGAAUAAUAAAGUGUAAAGUUAAUGUAAGGCGCGCGUCUAGACGUCUUGAUAUCGGGUUAAGGUCGAGAUAUAGAAUCGGGACGAAUCGAGGAAAGGUUCGUCUACGAUCGAUGCAUUCGUUCCCACGGGCGAGAUAUUCGCGAAAGUAACGAGCGCAUCUUAAGCUAUCACCUGCCAACGCGUGAUCCACGAUUAAGUAAUCACGUCGUCCGUCUCUUUACAAAACGUGCGGCCGAAAGGAAAAUCUCAGCGACCUCCCCCGGCACCUGCCGGGACGUUAGGUACCUAUAUUAUAUCACCGUAACUUUAUUACCAGUAAUUAGCGGCGGCUCGUUAGCGCGCGAGAAAUUCGCCCGGCGAUCGGAGCAGCGUGGUAUUUUUCUAUAUCGGUAGUCAUAGUCGCUUAAGCGUUUAGACGCGCCGUCAAAGAUGCACUAAUAUAUUCCUAAAGGAGUCGCGUCGUUAUCGCUUAGCUCGAGCUCGACGAUCGGUCCCUGGAGAUUAUUUAUUCUUCGCCUCCCCUCUCGAUGGUAAAACCUGAGGGAACGAGAGGAGAGGAGAGGAGCGGGCAAGGGAUCUCCUUAGAAGUUAGCGUGUAAGCUUGAACCGGGAGGAAUAAGAGAUAGUCACCCUCGGAACACUUUGAGCAAAGUAGCUAGUCAGUAUAAAGAAUACGGCGAGCGGUGACGUGCUUUCCGUUGCGCCUUUCUCGCGGUCUUCCAUCCCGGGAGCCGUGGUCGCGAUUUGCCUUGCUUCCUCCACCUCUCGCGGAUCUUUACGCGCUGUUACUGUCGCGCCGCCCGAAGGAGGUCGUACAUUUUAAUACCGUAAAUAACGGGCGGGCUUUCGCGUGGAAAACAGUCCUCGCGGUCUCGCCGCGGAAUUGCGGCUCCUUUGGAGAAGGAAAAGGAGACAAAGGCCGGGGAAAUCUAAUCUCUCACGGCGCCGAGUCGUGCCGAAAUCGGGCCGAAAUUCUUGGGGGACUUCCGGGACCGUAAAACGCGCCCCCGGUCGCGAUCCGUUUUCCGCGCUAGCCCUUGCGGCCUCGAGAACUGGCGGCACUGGACUUACGUUUAUAUUUCUAUACCUAAGAUGCGCAAUGGAAUCAUUGUUCCCUGUAACCGAGAAUAAAAUGGCCGAGGCCGACGGUAGGUCAGCAACUGCUUCCAUCGUCGCGUUAAAGCGUUUUAUCACCGGUCAUCGCGGAUCCUUCGUGGCCCGAUUUAUGCAUCGGUGCAAAUUACGGGGCAGGUUUAAUUAUCGGAUCCGGCAAUCGUGCCCGUGCAACUUUAUCCCCGCUUUGCAAACGGGAUUUAGCAGUCCGGCAUAACUAACUCACUGUGCUCCCGGUUGUCAGGAAAAUUUUCCCCGAUAGGACGUAUCCGUUGGAAACAUGCGCUCGCACGUGCGAAACGGCAAAUGCUGCUUUAUUAUUCGAAUCGGUAAUUCGACCAGAUAAAACCGGGGGCUCGUCGGAAUUGCCGCAGUGCCCCAAUUGGACGCUCCCCCGACUCGUUUAAAAGCGGACAUUUCUGCCGAUCGGUGAAUCGAUCCAAAUAAUGCUUCGUAUCGA